AUGGAUAAACACCCGGACAAAAAGCGGAAUGAAAACUGGACAAAGGGGGAGGUGGAGGCGUUGUUGACUGGUUACAUCAAUAACCACAGCGAAAUAGAAAGUAGAUUUUCUAUUGAACUGACUGCCCAAGUUAAGGAGGCUUGUUGGCAGGAUAUUUUGGAGAGUGUUAACAGCCAGAGUUCCUGUACCAGAACCAUAAAUGAACUUAAAAAAAAAUGGUCCGACCUUAAAAUGGCUAUUAAAAAAAAGGAGAGAGAAUGUCGGCUGUUUGCCAGUAAGACUGGAGGAGGGCCACCUCCAGCUAAUCCAGACAGUUUGGAAGAAAAGGUUCUACAGUUGAUUGGAGAGAGUACAGUUGCUGGUAUUUCGGGUGUAGAUACCUUCAGGGAAAACUGUAAGUAA